CACCCUCCCCACCCCAAGGGCUCCCGCUCCGUUUGCUGCAUUCCCGGAGCAGCUGGCGGCUGCGGGCACAGGCGGCCGGCGCGGGCGAGCCUGCCCCUUCCCCUGCCGGGCUGAGCGGGCAGUGCGGGGCCCCCGGCGGCAGCGGCCAGAGAUGUGCCCGCUCGGGCCGCUCCCGCACUGAGAGUCGGAGGCCCCCGGCCCCCCGUUGCCCGCCAUGUCUCAGAUGCUGCACAUUGAGAUCCCCAACUUCGGGAACACCGUGCUGGGCUGCCUGAACGAGCAGCGCCUGCUGGGCCUCUACUGCGAUGUGUCCAUCGUGGUCAAGGGCCAGGCCUUCAAGGCCCACCGGGCCGUGCUGGCCGCCAGCAGCCUCUACUUCCGCGACCUGUUCAGCGGCAACAGCAAGAGCGCCUUCGAGCUGCCGGGCUCGGUGCCGCCCGCCUGCUUCCAGCAGAUCCUGUCCUUCUGCUACACGGGCCGGCUGACCAUGGCGGCCAGCGAGCAGCUCGUGGUCAUGUACACGGCCGGCUUCCUGCAGAUCCAGCACAUCGUGGAGCGCGGCACCGACCUGCUGUUCAAGGUGAGCUCGCCCCACUGCGACUCGCAGACCGCCGCCAUGGAGGACGCCAGCUCCGAGCCCCAGAGCCCCUGCCACCAGCUGCCGCCGGCCGCCCCGGGGCCCCCCUACGUCGUGUCCCCCUCCGUGCCCAUCCCGCUGCUGACCCGCGUGAAGCACGAAGCCACGGAGCUGCCUCCGGCCGCCGGCCCGGGCCUGGCGGCCAAGCGCCCGCUGGAGUCCGGGCCCCGGGACGGCGCCGCGGGCACGGCAGGCGCCCCGGCAGUGGCGGCCGGCCCGGCCCCGCUCAAGCUGCCCCGCGUCUCCUACUACGGGGUGCCCAGCCUGGCCUCCCUCAUCCCCGGCAUCCAGCAGGUGCCUUACCCCCAGGGGGAGCGGACCAGCCCGGGCGCCAGCAGCCUGCCCACCACCGACAGCCCCACCUCCUACCACAACGAGGAAGAUGAGGAGGAUGACGAGGCCUACGACACGAUGGUGGAGGAGCAGUACGGCCAGAUGUACAUCAAGGCCGCCGGCAGCUACGCAGUGCCAGAGAAGCCCGAGCCAGUGCCGCUGGAGAGCCGCUCCUGUGUCCUCAUCCGCCGGGACCUGGUGGCCCUGCCCGCCAGCCUCAUCAGCCAGAUUGGGUACCGCUGCCACCCCAAGCUCUACUCGGAGGGCGACCCCGGCGAGAAGCUGGAGCUGGUGGCAGGCUCGGGCGUCUGCAUCACGCGGGGCCAGCUCAUGAACUGCCACCUGUGCGCAGGCGUCAAGCACAAGGUGCUGCUGCGCCGGCUGCUCGCCACCUUCUUCGACAGGAACACGCUGGCCAACAGCUGUGGCACCGGCAUCCGCUCGUCCACCAGCGACCCCAGCCGCAAGCCGCUGGACAGCCGGGUCCUCAACGCUGUGAAACUGUACUGCCAGAACUUCGCGCCCAGCUUCAAGGAGAGCGAGAUGAACGUGAUCGCGGCGGACAUGUGCACCAACGCCCGCCGUGUCCGGAAGCGCUGGCUGCCCAAGAUCAAGUCCAUGCUGCCCGAGGGCGUGGAGAUGUACCGCACGGUCAUGGGCUCCUCCGCCGGCGUGGCCCUGGACCCCGAGUUCCCGGCCGCGGCCGCGCAGGUGUUCGAGCAGCGGCUGUACGCGGAGCGCCGGGGCGACGCGGCCGCCAUCGUGGCCCUGAGAACUGACGCCGUGAACGUCGACCUGGGCGCCCCGGCCAACCCCCCCUUCGAGGCCGGAGAGGAGGCGGAGGGGGCCGGCUCCGUCAUCCAGGAGGUGGCCGCGCCCGAGCCGCUGCCCCCGGACGGCCAGAGCCCCCCGCAGCCCUUCGAGCAGGGCGGCCCCGGCUCCCGGCCCCCGACGCCCGCGGCCCGGAGGCCUGACGGCGCCUACGCCGGGACUCUGUAGGGGGCCGGGCGCGGGGACAGGACGUCCUAGCUGCUUGCAUGCGUUACUAAUACAAACAAUGUGAUCGAGCCACUCACCUACUGAACGGCUGUUGCCUGAAAACAAUGUGACUUCUAUUCUGCUUGUAUUUAAGGUUCAUGAAGGAGACAGACCCACUCGGGACACUGUAAGCAAGUAGGCCCCUGGCUGCCGCCCCGACGGCCGGCCCCUUGACUGCGCGGUCGGUCUCCACGUGUAGCUUCACCCCCUUCUCAGAUGGGACCUGCCUGAACCCCCGCCCCUUCCCGCCCCUCUGCCAGGACGAAGCCAGGGACCUGCCCGCCCUCUGCGGCCACGGCCGGGGCUGGGCCCCCCGGGCCAGACGCCUUGUGUUUCCUUCCUCCUGCGACGGGUCAGGCCGGCCUGGCCCGAGUGCGUGUGGGAGGGUGACGAGCCGUGAUGGGCCUCGCUGUCCCGGGAGAGGAGAAGGGGCUCCUGGCUGGACCUGGGCUCGCCCCAAUGCCCCCCGCCCCCCCGCACCUGGGCCCCUCUGGCUCCUGCCCGGCUGCCCGCUGGCCUGUGGGCGGGGCCGCCCCCCGGGUGCCGGCCCUCGGCCUUGUUAGGAUUCUGUGUGUGUGGUGUGUGUGGGGGGGGUCUGAAGUCAGCUGAGGGGGAGGCCACUCAGGGGCCAGCCUGCAGGUGGGGGGCCUGCUUGGUGAGGCAGGAGCCAGGCUGGGGCAGCGUGGGGCCCCCGUGCUGUGCUCCGACCCUUGGGGGUGCCCCACGCUGAGGCUGCGGGGGUGGGCAGUGAGCACGGGCCGAGCAGGCAGGUGGCAGGGCGCCCGGACAGCAGGUGCGGAGGCUCAGAGGCCGGGGAGGGCGGCGAGGAGGGGCCCACGGGGUCGGUGUGCUUGGGGCUGCGACGUUCCCUCUGCAGUUUAGUUGCUGGUUUGGGGAAGGAACAGGGCUCCUGUGGCCGCUCACCAGGGCCUCCGUGUCCGGUCCAGGGGCUGCCUUCCUCCCCGGCCCCGGCAGCGCUGCCAGGUGCCCUGUCCCGGCUCCGCCUCCCCGGCCCCUCCACCGUGUGUGACUCAGGACCCCCAAAGCCAAGGCCCCCCAGCGCGGGGGCACACGGGGUCCUGGGGUGGGGGAGCUCCUUCCCAGGCUGCACGAAGCCCCCCAGCCCCCAGCCCUGCCACAUGUGUGCCUGGCCUCCAGAGAGAUCUGACGGCUUCCGGAAGGGGUGGGCACCUGGGGGCGGGACCCUGGGUGGGCAGCCGCCCGGAGCUGAGCUCGGUCCCUCCACCACUGUCCCACCUAAAGGGGCGGUGGCUCUGGGGGCUUCAGACCAGUCACCUGGCCUCUGCGCCCCCUCCCCACCCGCCCAGCCCAUGAGGGACCAGACUUGCGUCCUCCUGGAACGGAGAGGAGGCCGUACCCUCGGCACCUCAGGUGGACUCGGCCCUGUAGGUGGUGGGUGAGGCUGACCCCCCAUCUCCCCCGGAGUUUCCUUGAUUUGCUCCCCCACCCAAAUUUGCACUUUAAUUUGACCCUCCCUGGGGACCCUCGGGCCCACCUGUCCCGGCUGUGGACAGAGGGCCCCCUCUGUCUCCCCCUCUCUCCCCCACCCCAAAGCGGGCACGGCCGCCCGCCCAGGGCCAGGAAGGGAGGGUGCGCUGCCGGCGGUGGCCACACAGAGAAGGCCUGGCCGCGGCUCAGGCCAGCACAAUGUCCGUGACCUCUGCCCCUGAAUCGUUUAUCGUCCGUCUGCUUUGUUGUUCUGGGUGAGGAAGGCCCGGGCAGGUGGAACUUGAAUCAUUCAAUGUGAACGGGUCUGAGCUCUCCCGGCCCCGGGCGGCCAGGCCGCGCGUUUUGCACUAGUGUCCCGCGGUGGGCGUGGGUCUGAGCGGUGGCCGGCGGGCGUGGCUGAUGAUUGUAUGUGCUGGCGCCCCGCCCCGAGCGCUCCUGGGGGGCACGGCCUGGCUCGCGGGGCCUUCCAGAGUGCCUUAGCACCUUUGAUCCUUUCCCUGUGACCACACCUGCCUCCCCUCCUCUGUUUACACGGCGACUCAUUCCUGUCCUGUCGGCUGACCCCAACCCCCACCCUGUAGACGGAGAGACGAGCCACUCAGUAUCUGUGAGAAGCUGCGCCUUCACCCCUGAGCUUGACUGUUAGCGACACGCAUCGGCCACGCGUCUGUCAGAGUCCUAGCGGCACCUCGAGGAGGAGCGGGCGCUGAUGUGUGUCGGGGUGCGGCGGCCGCGGGCCUGGCCGCGCCCCACCCUCCUGCAGGAGGCGGCUGGGGUGGUGGAGGGAAAGGUCCCUGGGUCCCACGGGAGGGACCGGCGAUGGGACGGAUGCUGUGAGCGCGGCGGGGCCCGCCCGGCCAGCUGCCUCGGUACUUGAAUUCUGUCUUGUGUUCUGCACUGUGUCUGGCCUCGGCCAGAGUUCUCUGUGGUCACUAACUGUGCAUUGGAUCCUGUUGUCUUACUUGCCCUGACUGUGGACGCCGCCGCGGGCGUGAGGCGGGGAGAGCCCUCGGGGGAGCCUGCGGGUGGGUGGCCGGGCAGGGCUCCUGAGCCUGGUGCGCUCCUCCUCCAGGAAAGUUCCUUCUGUGUUUGUGUUGAGAGCUGGGAGGGAGACGGGGAGGCCGGGGUCCCUGGGAGGGACUCGGGUGCGGCCCUGGCCUGUCCCCAGCGGGUGGCAGGAUUGGCCCAGGGCCGGCCUCCGGCAGUGGCUGCUGAGAUUCCCCUUCGACGGGUGAUUUUUAUGGCAAUGUCUUGCCAUAGGGAAAGGCCGAUUACCCACAAACCACCUGAAAACUAGGAGAAAGCCUGUUGCCUCGGCCACAGUAACCCCCCCAAUCCCCCCACAGAACGGGGGUGCAGGUGCCCUGAGCUCUAACUGCUGCUGCCGGGCCCGGCACCGGCCGCCUCCACACGGCACCCCCACAUGGCACCGGGGACCGAGGCCGCGAGGGCUUGUGCACGCUGUUUCUAACCUGGCGAAGGUUUUGGGCUGUUUGUUUGUUUGUUGUGUUUCUUUGGGGAAAAAAACCUGAAAAGGAAAGUUAUGCAGAAUCUAAAGAUUCCGAUUGGACCACCUGCUCAAACUCUGAUCAGUCGCUUCCUUGUUCGCGUUUUGCACAUGACUGUAAUUUUUAUGUCCACAGAAGCCAAAACUCGCAAUACUAUUUUUAGCAGAAAAAAAAAAAAGAA